UGUACGCGUAUUUCGUCAUUUCUCUGACUCGUGUUUUAUUUUUUUUGGCGAACAUUUCCUCAAUCUUCCCCGUUGUUUAGUGUACGUAUUGCAGGUCGUGAUUUUGUCGUUUUUUGCAGCUUAUCGGUAAGCGUCAGGAAAUGACACCUUCAAAUAUUUAACUUUUUCGUAUCACUUUCUCUUCUCGAGUUAAACGCGGAGAUUAACAGCUUGAGUUUGGGUAACCGUGAGAUUUUGCCAUAAAUAUGGCAUCAAAAUCAAGUAUGGACUAUGAGGCGAUUCCAGUAACCGCUUUAAACUGCAGUUUCCGAAAGAAACUGGGGCUGUAUUUGAAUCCAACAAACGCAGUGGCAGCAGACUGGAGGACAGUCGCCGAAAUGAUGGACUUUACCUACCUGGAGAUCAGAAACUUCGAGAAAAGCGAGUAUCCCUUUGAAAAGGUCUUAACGGAGUGGGAACCUCGUCCAGAGGCCACAGUAGCAAAUUUACUGUCGAUUUUAGAAAAAGCUGAAAGGAAAGAUGUCAUAUCAGACCUCAGAGACAUUAUAGAUGAUGACUGCAGGAAGUAUUUGGAAAGACAGAUGAGGAAGCCUGUCCAGGUUCCAGUGGUGGACAGCUGUGGCCCGCGCACACAGGAGCGAGAAGGCAUCACGCUGUAUGAUAAUCCACAAGGACUAACACCGGAGACCUUUGAUGCUUUCAUCUGCUAUUGUCAGAGUGACUUCCAGUUUGUGCAUGAGAUGAUCAAACAGUUAGAACAGACUGAAUGCAACCUGAAGCUGUGUGUCUUUGACCGAGACGUCCUUCCUGGCGCAUGUCUGUGGACCAUCACCAGUGAGCUCAUAGAAAAAAGGUGCAAGAGGAUGGUGGUGGUCAUUUCUGAUGACUAUCUGGACAGUGAUGCAUGUGAUUUUCAGACUAAGUUUGCACUCAGCCUUUGCCCAGGAGCUCGCUCUAAACGUCUAAUCCCUGUUGUCUACAAAUCCAUGAAGAGGCCUUUUCCCAGCAUUCUCCGUUUUCUGACCAUCUGUGAUUACACCAGACCCCGCACACAGGACUGGUUCUGGAUGCGAUUGGCCAAAGCACUCUCGCUGCCCUGAUCUUUUCCAUAGACACUGUUAAAUGGGUCAUGAACUGCCUUUUCUAUUAUUUUGUACUGUUCUCUGAGGUCCACUAAUAAUGUUAUCAAGAUUUGUACAUGAAAAAACAUCAUUUAGAAGUAAUACGGUAUUUACUGUCCUGUUUGACCCCACCUCAUCAGAACACUACAUUUGAAUAGGUUUGGCAGAUAGUUGACUCAGAAGUUAACGCCCACCGUUAUGAUUGGCUAACAGUUGUGCAUGUUUGAGAGCCUACAUCCUUCAUCGAUGGACGCUGCUGAGAUUUAGGUUAAAUACUCAGUACAUAUCAAACGUUUUGUUUAACAGACAAUGCAAUAGUGAGCACGUAAUAAAAACAGUUACUCACACUUGUGUGGUGCGACGUUACUGUCGGAUCCAAUAUAGUCGGCACAGCAUCUCGGCACAGCA